CCCUCCAUGAUUUCUAAGUGGGAGAACUUGCAAAAUAGCAGGGUGUUCAAAUACUUAUUUUCCUCACUAUAGAUAGAUUUUUAAACGGAGUUAUUUCCUCCUGAUAUUUUAUUAACAGUUAUUAUUGAAUAGUAUUUACAUUACUUUUAUUUCAUUAUCAUUGUAUACAUGAGGUUUAAAGGAGCAUUUCACCCGUAGAAACAUUAAUCUUUAUUGAAAGUGUGUCAUAUUUGUAGUCGAAAUGUAAGAUACAUUUAAAAUUUGGUGAUGCAAAAUGAUGAUUUUUACAUCAUUGAAAGAAGGAAGUGCAACACUGAAAUCUGUAUUUCUCCUGUCUCAGCGGCAACUGAGGAAAUGAUGCAUGACCAUUCAAAAACAUGACUGGGGUUCUAACUAUACAAAGCUUUAUGCAAAUGGGUGAAGUGUCCCUUUAAUUGUAACACUGUGACAACUAACCCCACUUUGUAAAAAUGUUUUCAAUCCCAGCUAUUAGUUUUUAGGAGUUGCUAACAUGUUUCAAAAUUGUUUUAGGUGAAAAGACCAUGAUUAAAACUUGGAUAAAUAAAAAUCUUGCAUCUGGGUGGGUCCAGAUUCAUUUUCAAUGCAGGAAAACCCUGUUGCAAUAAUCAGAUGAUGUCUGAAUCAUUUCACUUUGACAUGCAUAACUAACUUCUAUUCAAAACCUUGAUCGCUUAAUUUAAAUAAAAAUAAAAAGUUUAUUCAAAUCCCCCAGGUCUACACCAAACAUAGAUUCAGAUUCUGUAAUUAAUGCUUGAGAAAACAUUCUGAAGUGAAACAUUAAAACGUCUGAAACAGAUGAUGAAUGUUUUACUGACAUUAAAUGUUUUAAUGCCUCUUCUUUCAUUUCUAAUUCACACCCAUAGAGUGAAAGUGAUUGAGACCUUCAAUGAAGCUCCUCCUACAACAAUCCACCAAUAAAUGCUGGAGUCAAACACACAGAGAAAUCACUCCAUGUGUGACAACUGAAAUCUUCAUGACAUAAUGUUGAUGCUGGUGAAAGAGGAGCUUGAGAAGAUGACAGAUCCACAACCAUGCAGAAUAAAGGAUGAAGAUACUGAGGAACAAAUAGAUAUGAUAGAAGUGAAAAAGGAGAGUCAAGCUGAAGUGGAUGAGAAACAUCAGAUUGUAAAAAGCAAACAUAAUGUUUCACAGAAAGAAACUCUGAAGACAGAAGACAUAAAGUGUGAAAAUAGUUUCAGUGAAGAUGAACGCCCUGCAGAUCACAAGAGGACUCACAGUGAGGAGAAACCUUUCACAUGUCAACAGUGUGGAACGAGUUUGAGAACAAAAGUUAACCUUAAAGCACACAUGAGGAUUCACACUGGAGAGAAACCUUUCACAUGUCAACAGUGUGGAAAGAGUUUCACAAGAAAAGGAAACCUUAACAUACAUGUGAGGGACUCACACUGGCGAGAGAGCAUUCAAGUGCCAUCAAUGUGGAAAGAGUUUCAUAUAUCAAACAGGCCUUAAUCGGCACAUGAAAGUUCACAGUGGGGAAAAGCCAAACGCGUGCCAUCAUUGUGACAAGA